GAGGGAGAGCCAGUGUUUGUGUCUGCUUCAGCCUCAGCCUCCGCCGGGAGGGACGUGCCCAGCUGCGGAGGAUGCGCCCUCCUCCCCGCCCUUCAUCUGCCCGGGCUCCGGCGUCUCUGAGGGAGCCGCGGAUGCAGCCUGUGAGGAGGAUGAAACCUUCUGCAAUGAGCAAGCGAAAGCUGAGGGAGAGCAGUGGAGAAAGUGCUGAGUGCAUUUCCCAGGUGCAGAAAAUCCUUCGGGAAAGGUUCUGUCACCACUGUGCUGCUGGGAAACUCUUUGGGAUGGAGCAGCAGUACAGACAUUUGCUGGAGCUGCUGAAGAGAACCACGGUGCACGGGGAGAGCAAUUCCGCCCUGGUGAUCGGCCCCCGGGGCUCCGGGAAAUCCGCGUUAUUAAAUCAUGUUUUAAAAGACCUCAGGGAAAUGGAACAAGUGAGAGAGAACCUCUUGGAAGUCCACCUGAAUGGGCUUCUGCAGACCAAUGACAACGUGGCCCUGAAGGAGAUCACCAGGCAGCUGCAGCUGGAAAAUGCGGUUGGGGACAAAGUUUUUGGCAGUUUUGCUGAGAACCUUGCCUUCCUCCUUGAAGCUCUGAGGAAAGGAGACAGAACCAGCAGCUGCCCAGUUCUGUUUGUCCUGGAUGAGUUUGAUUUGUUUGUGCACCACAAGAAUCAGAGCCUGCUCUACAACCUGUUUGACAUCUCCCAGUCUGCCCAGACCCCAGUGACAGUCAUUGGGCUCACCUGCAGGCAGGAUAUCCUGGAGCUCUUGGAGAAGAGAGUGAAGUCAAGGUUCUCCCACAGACAGAUAUAUUUGAUGAAUUCCUUUGAUUUUAAACAAUACAUGAAGAUAUUUAAGAAACAGCUUUCUCUUCCUGCUGAAUUUCCCGAUGAGUCUUUUGCACAAAAAUGGAACAAUAAUGUUCAGCAUCUCUCAGAGGACAAAGCCGUGCAGGGGGUGCUGCAGAACCUGUUCCAGCACAGCAAGGACCUGCGCUCGCUGCACUCGCUGCUGAUGCUGGCCAGCAGCGCCGUGACCGUGCACCACCCCCUGCUGACGGCUGCAGACCUACAGGAGGCCAGCAGGCAGCACAGCACCGACUCCAAGGCCAACAUUGUCCACGGUCUGUCUGUGCUGGAGAUCUGCCUCAUCAUAGCCAUGAAACACCUGAAUGAGGUCUAUGAUGGAGAACCCUUCAACUUCCAGAUGGUUUACAAUGAAUUCCAGAAGUUCAUCCAGAGGAAGGCACACUCUAUGUACAACUUUGAGAAGCCAGUUGUCAUGAAGGCCUUUGAGCACCUGCUGCAGCUGGAGCUGGUGCAGCCGCUGGAGCGGCCGUCGGCGCGGGCGCAGCGCGAGUUCCUGCUGCUGCGGCUGCUGCUGGACAGCAGCCAGAUCAUGGACGCGCUGCAGGUGUACCCCAACUGCCCCACGGACGUCAAGCAGUGGGCAGCCUCCUCCCUGAGCUGGCUCUGA